UACAUGGUCGGAAGCUGUUCGUGGUAUCUGUCGUGGCUACAUUGAAAGGGCUUUUGGUCCGUAAGAUCUUAAGGCUUGUGCCCUAUUGUCCAGUCUGAUGAAAACGCUGACAGUCACUACACGCUUGGACUGUGCUUCUCGGACUGAUGAUUCACUUACCAAUCAUGCGUUUAUCUGUCCGAAAGCCGCGCCUCCGACUUCUUCUCCUUCCGCAUCUGUUUCCCAAUUCUCGAAGCAUGAUGUGAUUACCAUUCAUUUUGCUCCUUAAGGUUCUUGGGCGGGCUUCAAUUGUGAACACAACAACUUGUUGUUCCCCCUCGAUAUUGUCCCGGCAAUGAACGACCCAAACUACGAGAAACGUCGAGCUCGUCCGUUCGUGCCGUCCCCAGUGAAGUUCUCUGAGAUCCAAUCAGUUGUGCCUCCUUACCUACGGUCGAAGAAGCUUAGCCGCUCAUUGGUAUACGUCGCUAGAGAUGUUGCAUUUUCGGCUCUGUUCUAUUACCUCGCUACAUGCAUUGACUCGGCAUCAUCAUUGACUCGGUCUACCAUUGUUCGUAGCCUCUUAUGGGUCACGUAUUGGUACUGGCAGAGUAUAGCGUGGACUGGUUUCUGGUGUUUAGCGCAUGAGGCGGGCCACGGAAAUCUAUCCGACCAUUAUCAGGCGAACUAUGCAAUUGGCUUCACACUGCAUACAUUUCUCCUGGUUCCGCAUUUUGCUUGGCGACAUACUCAUUAUCUCCAUCAUAAAUUCACCAACUCUCUAGAAAGAGACGAGAAUUUUGUGCCCCCUACCCGGUCAGAACUGCAGCUUCCUGAUGAACAGAAUGCGUCAGUUAAGGACUACGAGGAGCUCCUAGAAGAUGCCCCGAUUUUCGUGUUAUUUCGUCUUGUGUGUAUGCAGCUUUUGGGUUUCCCGUGUUACAUGCUGUUCAACACGAUGGGCUCCCGAGCAUAUCCGAAAGGAACCAACCAUUUCUCUCCGAAUUCGCCUCUAUUCAGACCGAAGGACAGAUGGUUGAUAAUCGGGUCCGACAUCGGAUUACUCUUCAUGUCCGCCUUUCUGUUCUGGUGGGCCAAUGUGGCUGGUAUUUCCAGCGUCGUGAAAUUCUAUCUGAUACCGUAUCUAAUAACUAACCAUUGGAUAGUGAUGCUCACUUAUCUGCAACAUUCGGAUCCGACGUUACCGCAUUUCCGUUCUGGCGAAUGGAACUGGCUGCGUGGCGCUCUGGCUACUGUCGACCGACCAUUACUGGGUUGGGUUGGUCGGUUUUUCCUACACAACAUUUCGCAUGAUCAUGUCGCUCACCAUCUGUUCCCAACAAUUCCUUUCUACAAUCAGCCAGAAGUAACGGAAGCGAUUAAGCCCGUGCUCAAAGAGGACUACAAUUAUGACUCCACCAACACGUUCUAUGCCCUCUAUCGCUCUUUCUAUCGAUGCAUGUUCGUUGAAGACACCGGUGGAAUUUUGUUCUACAAAGAUAGAAAAGGCCGAGCAAACCGCGCGGUAAAGAUGGUCUCUUAGACACAAGUUCCGUAUCCUAAUUAUGGAGACCGCCCGACAAGCGCGGAUGGCAAGAAUCGCAGGCAUCACAUGUAUGCUGUUAUCUGCCGGACUCGUAUGCAAUUCUCCAAAAGCUAGAUAGACUGUAUAACAAU